UAGAAGAUUGAAUUGGAGUAUAAAUUGGAAGCUUAAGAUACAAUUGUUCUAUGCUUAUAGUAGAUAGUUAAACUCAUCUUCAAGAAAACCCUAUCUCAACUCUUGCAAAAUUAACCAAAUACUCAUCUUUAUCAAGAACAACACUCUCAUUUUCUCCUUUUAUGGCACCUAACAUGGAAAACAAUACUGUUGGGACAAAUCACACUAACAAAAAAGUCACUCAAAAACCUCCAAAACUUCCCAUGGAUGGUCUACAAAGAACAAUAUCUGAUAUCUCAUUUGAACUUAGCAAAGAAUUAGUAAUAUCUGAUGAUCAUGAUAAUAAAAAGCUUCCUCCUCUUUCAGAAGUUGAAGAUGCCAAGUGUGAGUGUUGUGGCAUGUCUGAAGAAUGCACACCUAACGUUAACAAUAUUAAGAGAGUUAGGGAGAAAUUCUCAGGGAAAUUGAUUUGUGGGUUGUGUUCUGAAGCAGUGAAGGAAGAGAUGGAGAAGAAUGGAGGAAAAAGAUUAGAAGAAGCUUUAAAUGAGCAUAUGAAUGCAUGUUCUAAGUUUAAUAGAUUUGGUAGGGCUUAUCCUGUGCUUUUUCAAGCUGAAGCUAUGAGAGAAAUCUUGAAAAAGAAUAGAGCUAAGUCUCUUAGCCCUAGAGAUCCUAUGGGUAAUGGUCCAAAAAAAGGUGGAAUUUCUAGGAGUUCAAGUUGUAUUCCGGCCAUUACCAAAGAUAUUGAUACUCGUAAAAUUGUUGACUGAGCUCAACAAGGUCAAGGAAAACGUUAAUUUGCUGAUAUUAUUACCAGUAUUCGGUACGUGGUCAGAGGUAUUUAAAGUGAGAUCAUGAGUCAUGACUCACGAACGUUGUUUAUUAUAUUGUCAGUGAGUAUAACUUAGUUAAAUCUAAUUGUUCAUCACUUUAAUUUAGUACGUAUCUUCAGGUUACAUCCAUCAAAUUAAGGAAGCUCUCCUAUAGCUUUAGGAUUGUUAAUAUGGUACAUAGAAUAACGUAACUGCUUUUUCUAGAGUGUUGUAUAAUAUUUCUAACCACUGGGAUUCUUGUAUGUACUUCUUAGUGAAGCACUUAAAUUAAUCUUAUUGGUCUAUGUUUAAUUAA